AUGGAAAGAGAACAUUGGAGGCAUGUAUUAAUAAGGAUAGCUGCUAUUGUAAAAAGACUUGCCAAAAACACCUUACCAUUUCGAGGAGAUGAUGAGAGGCUAAAUGUUGAGAACAAUGAUCUAUAUUUACAAAUGGUGAAAAUGGUAGAUGACACAACAGGAUUUGGACUUGCAACUAAGCUUCAAAAGGCUUUAAUCAAACUCGCUCUGGAUAUUGAUGGCAUUAGAGGGCAAGGAUAUGAUAACGAAUCUAACAUGAGCGGGACGCACAAAGGUGUGCAAAGAAGAGUACAUGAAAUGAAUCCCCGAGCUUUCUAUACUUCAUGUAACGCUCAUAGUCUAAAUUUAGCGUUAUGUGAUAUGGUGAAUUGUCGUUCCAAAGCUGUAUCCUUUUUUGGAAUGAUACAACGCAUCUACACUUCGUUUUCAUCUUCUACCAAGCGAUGGCAAAUUUUUAAAGAUAAUGUAAAAGGGUUGACAGUGAAACCGUUGUCACAAACACGUUGGGAAAGUCAUGUUGAGAGUGUAAAGCCUAUAAUGGAGCAAACUGCACAGAUAAGAGAAGCAUUACUUGAUUUGGCAGAAACUAACGAAGAUCCUAAAGUAAAUAGUGAAGCCGAGUCGUUGGCAACACAUGAACUUCAGAAUUUUGAGUUCUUGCUUGGCAUGGUAAUGUGGUACAGGUUGUUACAUGCAGUCAAUAUUGUGAGUAAAUUUCUUCAAACUGAAUCCAUGGAUAUUGAUCAUGCUAUCGACCUAUUGCAAGGACUUGUUUCAUUUCUUGAAGAUUAUAGAGAAAUUGAAUUUCCCAUUUUCAUGGAUGAAACGACAAAAAAGAGGUUAAGGAGUGCAACUUUAUUAAGUUUGUUGAACUCUUGUAUGAAUCUUGAGAAAUAUCUUGAACAUUAUGAGCUUUCGGACAUCAGUGGAGAUGAUUUAUGUUCGUAG